AUGGAACUCCUGUCACUGCUGCUGCCGCUGCUGGCAGCGACCCUGGCCACCAGCCUCCGCCCGCACGUGUGGGAACGCGGCAAUGACAUCAGGGAGAUCGCGCUGAGCAUGGCCCCCAACUCCUUCGAUGACCAGUACCGCCACUGCCACUUCAAAAUGCUGAAGGCGCUGCCAGCACUCAACCGCACGGAGUUUGUCCCCUCUGGUGAAUACGCCGUGGCCUGGGGCAAGGCCGUGGCCCUGUGGGACAAGCAGCACUCGCCGGGCUCGCCGCUGCGGCUGGAGCAGGCCAUCGCCCUCGUGGCCUACUCCAUGGAGGAGGGCCUGUACCUGCAGCUCAACAGGGCCGUGCGCGAGGGCGGGCGUUCCCGCCGGGAAUACCUCCACAAUUUCCACUUCAAGGUGAUGCAUUUCCUGCUGACCGAGGCGCUGAGAGACCUGCGGGGUGUCCAGGGCCACCCGCGGUGCCUGCACGUGUUCCGGGGCGUCAGCGGCAUCCGCUUCACCAGCAGGCCCGGCCGCAUCGUCCGCUUCGGCCAGUUCGCCUCCAGCUCCCUGCUGAGGAGCGUCAGCGACUUCUACGGCACCACCACCACCUUCGAGGUGGACACCUGCCACGGGGCUGACAUCCGGGACUACUCCAGGUACCCCGAUGAGGAGGAGGUGCUCAUCCCACCCUUUGAGACCUUCAACGUCACCGGUGUCACCCAGCAAGGGGACGACAUCCACAUCCACCUGCGCUCCCACGGCGUGUACAGCAGAUACAACUGCGCCUGGCUCCGAGGCAGAAGCCCCCCCAGAGUCCCCCCAGGCCUCACUGGGCUCCUCCUGGCAGCACUGGCAGCUGUCACUGGCACCCUCUGA